AUGGAUAUUGAUGAAGAUGAUGAUUUUUAUGCUCCCGAAGACAGUGCGCCACCUACCCUAGACCAAGUCACUCCAGCACAAGCCGCGCAGUCUGACGUCAAAUCCGAGCAACAAGAUGAAGAUUUAGAAGAGGGCGAGGAGGAAGAUGAGGGAGAUGAUAGUGAUUCGGAUAUAGAUAUCAUCACAGAAAGGAAGGAUGGUGCUGCCGCUCCACCACCCACAAAAGUCAAAAGUUCAGACAAUGAUACCGGUAUUCCAAGUCAUACGAAACCUACGAUAGAAGCAGAUGCAAGAUCCCCCGUUGUGAGAACAAAAAAACCUAAGAAAUCUUCCCAGUCUCCAGCAGUUUCUGCUGUAGAAUUACCUGGAUUGGCUAUAUCGAAAAUCGAUGUAAAUGCAAAGCCUAUGUAUGAGCCUGCCGGAAAGCCAAUCACACAAAUCAACAUCGAUGAAGAUCUCAACGAAAACGACAAACCAUGGAGAAGACCCGGCACCGACAUAUCAGACUACUUCAACUACGGCUUUGACGAAUUUACAUGGGCCCUCUACGCCAGCAAACAAGAAUCGCUACGCUCAGAAUUCGACCCCAAUAAAAUAGCUCAGAACCAGAAGAAAAUGUUUGAAGAUAUGAAUAUGAUGAUGGCUAUGGGGGGGGGUCCAAUGUCGGGUAUGCAAGCCGCACCUGCGAUGGAGGGUAUGACGCCGGAAAUGGUGCAGCAGAUGCAGCAGAUGAUUGCGAAUGGCAUUGAUCCCAGUCAGAUGGAUACUUCGAUGUUUGGGGGUUCGGGUUCGGCGGGUGGUGGUGCUGGUGGGUAUGGAGGAGGCGGUCAGUUUGGUGGUGGCGGAUAUGAUCAGGGAAUGAUGGGCGCAGGAGGUGAAAGUAAUCGUGGAGGAGGCUUUGGUAGAGGUAGAGGUAGAAGGGGAAGAGGAAAUUGGUAG